CGUGUGGCUAUGCUAUGCACGCUGCAAAAAAGGCAAAAACGGAUGGACAUCCUGUAGAGCGUGUAGUAUUAUUUCAAAUUCUACAUACUCGUAAAGAUGGAUCUGCAGUUAAUCCUAUAAUGAAAGAAAAAAUUGACAAAAUGAAGGAUUUGUUGGUUGACACUAAGAAUCAAUUGCAGUCAUCUGACACAAGUGGUAGUAUUGCAUGGUCAAGAGAUGAUGUGUUUGCUAAAGUGAUGGGUAAGGAGAACAAAGGUCGCAUUCGUGGGGUAGGAUUUGGUCCAACCCCAAGUGGUCAAAGUAGCAAGACUGCUCUCACGGACAGUGAAAUACAAUCAAGUCAAGCAAGGGACAACGAAGUUGCACAAUUGAAGGCUUCCUUGGCUACUAUGGAGGAGAAACUAGCAGGUUUUGACGAAAUGAAGGAAAAAGUUAGUCAAUUCAAAGAAAUGGAGCAAAGAAUGGCUCGCAUGCUUCAACAAAUGCAACAAACUACACAAUGCAAUCAGGAUGCUCCUCUGAUCGAACAAUCUCAAUCUCUCCCCAAAUCAUCAGCCGCAUCUCAUCAACCAAGAAGCUUAUAAGUUUUAACUUGGAGUUCUUGGACUUUUUUGUGUACAAAGAACUAUGGAAGAACAACCGCAUUUUUUGCAAGUGUUGAAAGAUAUUUUUAAACACUUUAGAAUUUUGAUUAUAGUAUUAGAUUAAUUUUAGCGGUUGUUUUAUUCAAAUGACCACAUCUUUUUUUGUUAAUUUUAAGAUGGUGGUUAUAGACAAUGUUAUGUAUUUAAUAAUAUAUUUCUAUGUUAAUAUUACGUUAGUUUCAAGA